AUGAGUGGAAGAAUUGGUAUCCUUCAACAAAACGCAAAAAUAUUUAUUUCACAGUCGCAAAAUAUCUUCGAGAAUUUAGCGUUUGAAGAAUGGUUGCUCCGGAAUUAUAGACCUGAUGAGGAAAAUGAAUCGAUGUUUAUCUGGAGCAACAAACCAGCAGUAGUCAUUGGCCGACAUCAGAAUCCAUGGUUAGAAGCGGAUUUAAACUAUUUAAAAUCUAACAAUAUUGAAUUAGCUAGACGUCACAGUGGUGGUGGUGCUGUUUAUCACGAUUUAGGUAAUCUUAACAUAUCCGUGUUGACAUCACAUCAAAGGCAUAAGAGGAGGAGAAAUUUGCUCAUGAUAGCUGAAGCACUCAAUCAAGAAUUCAAUAUCAAAGUAGAGCCGAAUGAUCGCGAUGAUUUAUGGCUACAACCUGGCCGACGGAAAAUCUCUGGAACAGCAGCACGAAUUGUUCGUCAAUUAGCAUAUCAUCAUUUAACAUUACUUGUAAAUGUUGAUGUUGCUGUCUUAAAACGUUCUUUAUCGUCUCCUUUUCGUGAAACAAUGUUAACAAAUGCUACUCGGAGUGUACAAGCACCAGCGAUUGGCUGUUUAGCCCAUGAAAUUCCUGAUAUUACAGUUGAAAAAGCGCAGAAUGUUGUUAUGGAUUCAUUCAAAAGACAGUAUUUGCAUACCGAAGUAAUUACGCUUUCGAACGUAAUGAAUGACCAGCAAUUUCCGGGUGUACUGGAAUACGAAAAAGAGUUACGAAACUGGGAAUGGAUUUAUGGAAGAACACCACAGUUCACUCUACCACUUUACAAUGAUCGAAUACGGGUCGAACAUGGGGUAAUUACUGGAAGUCUGAAGAAUCAAAAAUUGGUCGGUAGCCGAUUGCCGCAGGACGUAAUACAGACAUACUUAGGUUUCGCUGUUAAACCUAUUCUUGGAACUGACACAACCAAAUACCUGGCCGAAUUGAAAGCUUAUUUGUGUGAAAUUCCUAAAGGUUACGAUCCGAAACUUAUUGCCAUAAAUGCUACCGUGGUUGCUGCUCUUUUUGGUGCUUUAAUCUAUCCUUUUUAUGUAUACUUGAUUGGUGAUAAUACUGUAACUGGAAAGAAACAAACUCUUUAA